UUUGAAUGAAGCCUUUCCUCAAUAUUGAACCAUUUAGUGCCGGGAGAUUCCUUUUUGUUACAGCCAGUUGUACAGUCACUAAGAUUUGGGUUGAUUUGAAGGAGUACUGGGUAGGAAUAGAUUUUAUUAAUGUUUAUUUAGUUCGGUAUUCAUAUAAACACAUCACUAAUCACACUAAAUGUAUGAUCUGCUUGUUGGUGUUUGCCUAACGGCAUUAUAUAACCUGUUCGCUUAUGGCAUCCUACUUUUUGGUCAAGUCGGAGAAGUGGGCUCUAAACAUGUUCGAUUCCAGAAACACAAAAAUGUCCCGUAAAUAUAAAUAAAUAUUUAUGAGCUUCGUAUUACGGGUCAAAGAAGAUAUCACUCUAAGUACAUAUUAAUCAAUUUCAAGCACUCAGUAAACAACUUAGUACAUAAAUUUUGUGUUCACUCAAAAGUCUCAGUAAGUCAUAAGCUAAACAUUGGCUACUUAAAUGGAUUAUUCUGGACGAUAUGUCCUGUUACUGGUUCGCGUGUAGAGGUAAUUUAAAGUUAAAUAUGUGAGUACAUGUACAACUCCAGUUAAAAAGUUCACCAGGUCAUCCUACCUUAAAACCAAAAUACAAUUUCAGUCUGGAAAGACUUAAGAUCCUUAGUGACUUGAUCGCAAGUCGUCAGUUGCUUUAAACAGAACUGCUGCCAAACUAUAACGUAAGAAAUCAUGGCGUAGAAUUGCAAUCUACCAGGCUGAUAAAUUAGUUUAGAUAGACAGACGUUGUGCCAGGUAAAAACCUUAAAAAGUUCGCAGAUAGUUGGGUCAAUAAUCUGCAAAGUUACUUGUUGGUCUUAGUUAUUAGUAUGUAAGUGGGUGGAGUUCAUUAAAAACUGGUUAUGAAUAUACUCAUUUCUUCAAUUUACCCACAUCUCUCAAAUACUUAUUAUUGUGUAUACGUUUUUGUGUUCAGUCUACUCUAUUGCAAAACUUAAUACCUGGAAGUAAUGCAAUUUUGUGUGCGGCUCCAUAAUUUUGUACGGAUUAUAAGUUUUUUUUCACGUGAAUAACAUAAGGAAAUUUUUUGCAUCACUUAAGAGAAUGUGACUUAGUAAUUUAACGUAUCUUUUUAGUAGUCUGAGGAUUAUCCAGUAGCAAGAUAAUUCACUUCGCGUUUGACGAUCCCACUCCAAAACAAUGAAUAUUUUACCAAAAAAAAGAUGGCAUGUUUUAAAAAAGAGAACAUUGCUCGGGUGAGGUCAGAUGAGGCGAAAUAUGAGGAGGAGCGAAGAAAAUUUGAAAUUAAGGCACAACUUGCUGAUCAGGAAGCGCGAAUAGAUUAUUUAAGAAGACAAAAAAAUAACCUAACAUCUAGCUCGAGAUCAGAUGGAUUCCAGAUAACUCUAACAAAAGAUAGUAUCCUGAAUGUCUCACAAGGAAACGCAGAAUACGAAAAUGAGAAGAAGAUCGAACAAGAGAGAAAAGAGAAAGCAGUUGGGAUUUUGACUUAUUUAGGCCAAACUGUUCUUGAUGCUGCCGGUGAAAAGCCGUGGUAUGAUGUGCACCCUCGAACUUAUGAGCGUCGUGAGAGCGAACGAAGAAAGAGCAAAGAAGAACUAGAAAUAAAGAAGAAGACAUUGGCUGACCCAUUAACAGAAAUGAAGAAGGUCGAGGAGAUGUUCAAACACAAUAAGGAAGUAAAAAGGCAGAGCGAAGCAGCUGAACUUCAACGUGCCAGUGCUUGCAUUCAUGCUAUGCCAACCUUAUUUCCUGAUGACAUAAUGGUACCAAAGUGCCCAUACACAGAGGCUUCGAAAAGUCGACGAACAGGUAGUAGGUAUACUCAAUCACUUACUGAAACUUCAUGUAAUUCAUUUGGGGAGCUAACGAAUGAUUUAUCCACGGGGGUUUCUCUGAAUCCCGAAAGUAUGGAUAAAAAAUCAGAAUUGAUUGAAAUGGCCAAGCGUUCAGACAUUAAUCGUCUUCGGGCUGAAAGACUGCAACGAGAACGAAAGGAAAGAGACAGGGCAGCAGUUUUACUGGCUAAAUCUUUUGGUUUAGAUGCUUUAAAACCUCCAGAUCAAGAGCAAGUGUAUGUAGACGAACGAAGUUUGCCCUUUAAUUCUGCAUUUAAUCCUGAACUGUCGGCUGUCCUGGCUGAACGACGUCAACGACAUCGUGAGUCGAGAAAGCGGAGUUACAAAGAGGUGAAUUAAAUCUUUGCAAAUGAUUUCGCAAACUGUACAUAUGGUGGUUUUUUUUCAUUUUCACAAAUGAUCUGAAAACUAUUGGGAUAAGUUAUGUGUAAGUAGUUCUAGUCGUUUGGCCAAAGCCUUUAGUUAUCGUUUUCGAUUGUCUCCAAAAUAUAAAUACCCUUUAUUUGUGGUUUUCA